AUGAAUAAAAUCAAAGUGUAUGUUGUUACUACGGUAGUUUAUAGAGUUAUUCAAUCAUUUACUAACAUAUGUUAUAGUUUAGUUGUUCGCGCUUCAGUGGAUACCCUCCAAGAUAUUUUGGAUAAGUCUGAAAAGUUAAAUGCUAAAUCAGGCCCUUUUAGUUGUGUCGUUAUCAUAGGAAAUGUUUUGAAUGAUACAAAAUUUACACCAAAGAGUGAUAUAACUAUCCCCACUUAUGUUACAAAUGGAGAUAGGUUUCUAGGCGAAGAGAAUGGAUCCAUUGAUGUUGUUGAAAACUUAACUCUGCUAAAUGAAUAUGGUAUCUAUGAACUCACGAAUGGUUUUAGGAUUGGUUACGUUACAACCUCUAAGGAAAAUAUGAGCUCUAAGAAGGAUGAAGUGUUGGAGAAAUUUUCCAAGGUUUCUGGCAUAGAUAUGUUAGUUACUAAUUUUUGGUCUACUGCUAUCAGCAACAAUAAAAAAUUGUUACUAGGAAACACAUUGAUAGAUGAGGUGGUGAACUUUGCUAAACCACGCUAUCAUUUUUCUAGUAGCGCCUCAAAGUUCUUCGAAAUGGAUCCUUUCAAGUGGGAUGACGCUGGUUCUAUUAUAAUUUCUAGAUUUAUUAACCUUGCAGCGUUUGGCAGUGGUCAAAAAUGGGCAUAUGCCUUUUCUAUAGAUAUUGGAGCUUAUGAGGAGACUCAAAUUCCAGAGAAUAUCGUUGGCAACCCAUAUUUGACUACAAAUAACAAACGAUCCGCUGAAUUGCGUAAGGUAGCACCUGUUAAGAAGCUAAAGGUGAUAUUACCAAACUCAUGCCAUUUCUGUCUGAGCAACCCUCAUGUGCAAGAACAUAUGAUAAUAUCAGUGAGUUCUUACGCUUAUACUACUAUUGCAAAAGGACCACUUACCAUACCAAGAGGAGAAAUGGGAUUUUCUGGUCACUGCUUGAUUAUCCCUAUUGAUCAUAUUCCGAAGUUGAACAAUGGUGAUUCAUGUAAUGAUGUGCUCGAAUCGCCUAUAGCAAAGGAUAUAUUGAAAUUUGAAUCUAGUAUUGUCAGCAUGAAUUAUAAUAAUUAUGAUAUGUGCACGUUAGUGUCUGAAAUAAACUCUGCAAAUUCAAUUCAUUUCCACAAACAGGUGAUUCCUGUACCGAAGUAUUUGGUUGCGAAAUUUAAAACGGCCUUGAAUAGACAACUAAAUAUAAAUACUGAAAGGUAUACCAAUAACGCCAAGUUCAAAUUUCAGGAAUUUACUGGUUUUGAAAAUGAAAAGUACCGGGCAUUGGUGAAUGACCCUUCCACUAACUAUAUUCAAUUUACAUUAUAUGAGACCCCUAAAGCGCCUAUUAAAGUUUUCAUUGCUACGUUCAGUCCGGAGGAGCGUAUAGAUUUACAAUUUGGUAGGCGAGUUGCUGCGUUUCUAUUGAAAUUACCAAAGAGAGUUAAAUGGGAUUCUAAGAUAUGCCAGCAAACCAAGGCACAAGAAGAAGAAGAAACUGAGAAAUUUCAACUCGCAUUUAAGAAUUUUGACUUUACUAAUUAA